GGCAGACAGCAGAUCUGCAGCUCCUGGACUUCGGGGAGACCCAGCUAUCUCACCCUGUCCCCCUCUCGCUUUAUAUUUCACAGCCUCGCUCCUCAACCUCUUCCUGAAAAUGGAAAAGAUGCUGUUGUACUGCUUUCUGCUGAUCUUCGGACAAGUCCUUCUCCUCUCCGCUGAGGCUAGGGAGCGGCCACACUCCAGGUCCAUCUCUAGAGGGAGACACGCUCGGAUCCACCCGCAGACCACGCUCCUGGAGAGCUCCUGUGAGAACAAGCGGGCAGACCUGGUCUUCAUCAUCGACAGCUCCCGCAGCGUCAACGCCUACGACUAUGCAAAGGUCAAGGAGUUCAUUGUGGACAUCUUGCAAUUCUUGGACAUUGGGCCAGAUGUCACCCGGGUGGGUCUGCUCCAAUAUGGCAGCACUGUCAAGAACGAGUUCUCUCUCAAGACCUUCAAGAGGAAGUCUGAUGUGGAACGUGCUGUCAAGAGGAUGAGACAUCUGUCCACGGGCACCAUGACAGGGCUGGCCAUCCAGUAUGCCCUGAACAUCGCAUUCUCAGAAGCAGAGGGGGCCCGUCCCCUGAGGGAGAAUGUGCCUCGGGUCAUAAUGAUUGUGACAGAUGGCAGGCCUCAGGACUCAGUGACUGAAGUGGCUGCAAAGGCUCGGGACACAGGCAUUCUGAUUUUUGCCAUUGGGGUGGGCCAGGUAGACCUCAACACGCUGAAGGCUAUUGGGAGUGAGCCCCACAAAGACCAUGUCUUCCUGGUGGCCAACUUCAGCCAGAUUGAGUCCCUGACCUCAGUGUUCCAGAACAAGCUGUGCACGGUCCACAUGUGCAGCGUCAUGAAGCAUAACUGUGCCCACUUCUGUAUCAACACCCCCGGCUCAUACGUCUGCAGGUGUAAACAAGGAUACAUCCUCAACUCGGAUCAGAUGACUUGCAGAAUCCAGGAUCUGUGUGCCGUGGAGGACCAUGCCUGUGAACAGCUCUGUGUGAAUGUGCCAGGCUCCUUCGUUUGCCAGUGCUACAGCGGCUACACUCUGGCUGAGGAUGGGAAGAAGUGUGAGGCUGUGGACUAUUGUGCCUCAGAAAACCAUGGGUGUGAACACAAGUGUGUAAAUGCUGAGAAUGCCUACGUUUGCCAGUGCUAUGAAGGAUUUGCUCUUAACCCAGAUGAAAAGACGUGCACAAAGAUAGAUUACUGUGCCUCAACUAGCCAUGGAUGUCAGCAGGAGUGUGUUAACGCAGAUAAAUCUUAUUUCUGCCGUUGCCUGAAAGGGUUUACCCUGAAUCCAGAUAAGAAAACCUGUAAAAGAAUCAACUACUGUGCACUGAACAAACGAGGCUGUGAGCAUGAAUGCGUCAACACUGAGGAGGGCUACUACUGCCGGUGCCGGGCGGGCUAUACGUUGGACCCCAACGGCAAGACCUGCAGCCGGGUGGACCACUGCGCGCAGAACGACCAUGGCUGUGAGCAGCUAUGUGUGAAUACCGAGGAGUCCUUCAUCUGCCAGUGCUCAGAAGGGUUCCUCAUCAAUGAGGACCUCAAGACCUGUUCCAGAGUGGAUUACUGCUUGCUGAGUGACCAUGGUUGUGAAUAUUCUUGCGUCAACACAGAUACAUCCUUUGCCUGUCAGUGUCCCGGGGGACAUGUGCUCCGCAGUGAUGGAAAAACCUGUGCAAAAUUAGACCCUUGUGCUUUGGGGAAUCAUGGCUGUGAACAUUCAUGUGUAAGCAGUGAAGACUCUUUUGUGUGCCAGUGCCUUGAAGGGUAUACCCUCCGUGAAGAUGGGAAAACCUGCAGAAGGAAGGAUGUCUGCCAAGCAAUAGACCAUGGCUGUGAGCACAUGUGCAUCAACAGUGGUGACUCAUACGUCUGCAAGUGCUUGGAGGGAUUCCGGCUCACCGAAGACAGAAAGCACUGCAGAAGGAAGGAUGUCUGCAAAUCUACCCACCAUGGCUGUGAACAGACUUGUGUGAAUAAUGGCAACUCGUAUAUCUGCAAAUGCUCACAAGGAUUUGUUCUAGCUGAGGAUGGGAAACGGUGCAAGAGGUGUACUGAAGGCCCAAUCGACCUGGUCUUUGUGAUUGACGGAUCCAAGAGCCUUGGUGAAGAGAAUUUUGAGACUGUGAAGCAGUUUGUCACUGGAAUUAUAGAUUCCUUAGCAGUUUCCCCCAAAGCCGCUCGAGUAGGGCUGCUCCAGUAUUCAACACAGGUUCGCACGGAGUUCACCCUGAGAAACUUCAGCUCGGCCAGAGACAUGAAAAAAGCCGUGGCCCACAUGAAAUACAUGGGCAAGGGCUCUAUGACAGGGCUGGCCCUGAAACACAUGUUCGAGAGAAGCUUUACCCAAGUAGAAGGAGCCAGGCCCCUCUCCACACGGGUGCCCAGAGUGGCCAUUGUGUUCACCGAUGGACGUGCUCAAGAUGACGUCUCUGAGUGGGCCAGUAAAGCCAAGGCCAAUGGUAUAACUGUGUAUGCUGUUGGGGUAGGAAAAGCCAUCGAGGAAGAGCUACAGGAGAUUGCUUCUGAGCCUACAGACAAGUACCUCUUUUAUGCCGAAGACUUCAGCACAAUGGGCGAGAUCAGUGAAAAACUCAAGACAGGCAUAUGUGAAGCUCUGGAAGACUCUGAUGGCAAUCAGGACUCUCCAGCAGAGGACCUGCCCAAGAAGGUCCAUCAGCCAACAGAGUCUGAGCCAGCCACCAUAAAUAUCCAAGACCUACUUUCCUGUUCUAAUUUUGCAGUGCAACACAAAUAUCUGUUUGAAGAAGACAAUCUUAGACGGUCUACCCAAAAACUUUCCCAGUCAAAAAAAACUUCAGGAAGCCCUUUGGAAGAAAACCGUGAUCAAUGCGAAUGUGAAAAGCUUAUAAUGCUCCAAAACCUUGCGAAUGAAGAAGUAAGAAAGUUAACACAGCGCUUAGAAGAAAUGACACAGAGAAUGGAAGCCCUGGAAAACCGCCUGAGAUAUAGAUGAAGAUUGAAAGUGUUCUACAUGUUUUUACGUGUCAUUGUUUUGAGGAUUACCACAAAAGCAGAGCCCAAAGCCUGGGCUGUCUUCAUGUCUGUAAUGUUGGGAAAUCAAGCACAACUGGUGCUAAAAAAAAAAAGCUGGCUUGGUAUAGAGAACAAAGACAAAAAUAGACAGUAACAGGUAUAGAUUUUUUUAGGGAAAACAAUCUUUCCGAUUUCUAAAAUGAGUUCACCAAGUGAGGAUAAAUAAGCUAUGCAAAGUAGUCUGUAAUAUACUGAGGACAUGAUUUGCUUCUGCGCCUUCCUGCCUUAGAUGGUUGCUAUCUCAUUUGACUACAAAAUGAAGUGCGCACGGUCUUACUUCUGUAGAAGUUCUGGCUAUCGGAAAAGCUAUUUUUUUUUGUAUCGGACUUUACCUUGAUAGAUGUAUAUGGAUGUAUGCGUAAAGUUGUAAAACGUGCACUUGGAUAACAAGUUGGUUUUUUUUAUACAAUAUUAAAGUUCACUACUUGAGA